CGUCCUCCUUUUUUCCGCCUCUCGUUCCCUUUGUCUUACACGGCUUCCGGAACACGGCCCAGAAUUACAGCGAAAACACACUGCGCACGCGCACUCUCUCGUCAGAGCGGCGCUGCUUCUGUUUGGUUGGCUAGUUCGUCCCAAUUUCCGAGUCAAAGGGCUGCGGAGCAGCAACUCUCACGAUAUUUGCUGCGGCCCGCAGACGCGAGCCGCUGCCGGGUUCUGGCGCGCCCUUUCAGUUCUGCUUGUGGCCGGCACCACUGCGUUAUCCGGAACUGCCGGUCCGAGCAGCAUGACGUCCGCCUUGGAGAACUACAUCAACCGAACUGUUGCCGUUAUUACAUCUGAUGGGAGAAUGAUUGUGGGAACACUGAAAGGUUUUGACCAGACCAUUAAUUUGAUUUUGGAUGAAAGCCAUGAGCGAGUAUUCAGCUCUUCACAGGGGGUAGAGCAAGUGGUACUAGGAUUAUACAUUGUAAGAGGUGACAAUGUAACACCUUUGCACCUGGCCUGUGCGAAUGGACAUAGAGAUGUUGUACUUUUCCUAAUUGAGCAACAAUGCAAAAUAAAUAUCCGGGAUAGUGAAAACAAAUCCCCAUUGAUUAAGGCGGUACAGUGUCAAAAUGAGGAUUGUGCUACUAUUCUUCUAAACUGUGGUGCAGACCCAAAUCUGAGGGAUAUUCGUUAUAAUACUGCUCUUCACUAUGCUGUUUGUGGUCAGAGUUUCUCAUUAGUUGAACAACUGCUUGAUUACGAAGCUGAUCUUGAAGCGAAAAAUAAGGAUGGUUAUACUCCACUGUUGGUUGCCGUUAUUAACAAUAAUCCAAAAAUGGUAAAAUUUCUUCUGGAGAAAGGGGCUGAUGUGAAUGCUUCAGAUAAUUAUCAAAGAACAGCCCUUAUUCUUGCUGUCAGUGAUGAACCAACACGUUUAGUAAAGCUUCUUCUUCAGCAAGGUGUGGAAUUAUCUUGCCAAGAUAUUUGUGGAUUCACAGCUGAGGAAUAUGCUUAUUUCAAUGGUUUUACUAUAUAUCCACAAUUCACUGCAAGUCAUGGAAAGAAGAAACAUGUUAAAUAGACACCUUAUUCUUGGCACUACAUGUGACUAAAGGAAGAUAUGGAACCCAUUUCUACAAUUUCUUUGCUGCUUCCUUGAAUUGGAAAAAUAUAUUUUGAAAGAACCAUUAAGUGAACUAUUUUAACAUUUUUGCUGACUACCCAGUUGAAGAAAAGUUUGUUAAAUGGAUGGGAUUUUUUUUUUUUCACAUUAGAAGACAUGAAGAAAUUUUAAAAGAUAAACAUCUAUAUUGUGAACCAUCAGCCAAAAAGAUAUAAUUUGUGUUCAACAUAUAGGCAGAAAAAAAUUUGUGUCAAAAUAUUGAAUGGAAUAAUAAUGAGUAAACUGUGUUAGGCAUGCAUUAAAAUACUUAAAUAAAAUACAAAUACAUUUCAGCUA